UCGGCCAGUCAAAGUCAUCGUCGCUUAUUCGGAUAGCAUGACGCGCUUCAUCGUUUCGUUGCUUCUUCUUCUGAUCGGGCGCCACGUCCUCGGCGUAACGGAGAAUGUCGUGACCUUUUCUUCGGGCUUGGACAAGGAGCUGAAAGUUGAACCAAUCAGGAAUGUAGUAAGAUGCGCCCUCGAAACUAAUCAGGACAAAAAAUUUGAAUACAUACCCUUAAGAGAGUAUCACAGAAAAGAGUAUCAGAGAAGACAUCUCAAUGAUAGAUAAUGUGUGCUCAAUUCGCAUUUCCGGACUUAACGAAAGUCACGCGGGUAUAUGGAAAGUGAUAGCGUAUACCAAGAGAGAAGAAAUUAAAGAGAAUGUUACUUUAUAUGACAUUAUUCCGGAAGUAUUCUUGUUCAAACUGUACAUUCACGAGGAGAAGCAGGUUUUACCUUCACAAUAUGUUGAUAUGUACAAUAUGUACGAUAGACCAUACAGAACAUACGAGAGAAGGGAAAUGCAAUACGUCAAUGUGUACGAUGGACGUUACGUAUAUAUAAAAUACAACGAAAAUUAUAAAAAUCUUAAGGCAUGCAAUCUAACAGGACCUGUGAUAAAUUCCACAAAUUUACUAACAGAGAAACGAGACGAUUUUCAACUUUUCGGUCAAUGUGGUGUCUGUAUGAAAGUGAAUGACACUUUCAAAGGAUCUUGGAAACUUGAUGCAAUUAUUAAUGAUUAUGUAUCAUAUUACAUAUCCUUCUAUGUCCAUGUCCAUCAGAAGAAAGAAAAAGCAAAUCUUAAUAACAUGUCAGUUAUACAAUGGACUCGCGGAUCCCCAGGCAUAAUUGAAUUACCAAAUCGAGUAUCAGACCAAUCAAAAAUUUGUCAAAUAGUGGAUCCCAAUGGCAUAAUUGUAAAAGCCUUAUUUGGAAAAUGCUAUUAUCGAGUAGAAGUUGCUACAAUUGCACACAAAGGUAUAUGGCUUGCUCGUUACAAUGUAGACGGGAUGUUGGAACCUAUUGAAGAGGAAUUCAGAAUUGAAGUCAGUCCUGAACCAUUUAUCUUCAAUGCCAAUGUCACUCACACCAAGAACGAUAGCGCCACAUUAGUCUGUCGACUAGAGAUGAAACAAUAUUCGGAUGCACAAUAUUCGAAUAGACAGAAGUCAUGCAAUUUUGUUAGACCUGAUGGCAUGACUUUUUAUCUGAUGCCUGGAAUAGGUACUGAAAGAUACAUCGCCUACAUAAAUUCUACUGUCGAACAACCCAAAUAUGGAAGGAAAUUAUGGAAUAAGACUAUGGAAUGUGCAAUAACAAUACGAAAGCUCGAAGAUGUCGAUUACGGUGCAUGGCGAUGUUAUCUUGAAACACACUUUUCCGACAAUCUGUAUGGAUCCAUGCUUUACGUUGACUAUCCCGAUUCUCGCGGAAAUAUUGAUCCUAAAAACAAAACGGACAUUGUGCAUGUAAAGCGUGACGAUCCGUUUACGAUAAAGUGCAUUGCCAAUUCUGUACUGAAGUAUUGCUGGCUGCGAAGUCCGGAUGGAACUUCUUAUCUCGUCGCACGAAAUAACGAAGCUGUGUCAUCAUCUGUCUUACACUAUCAAAGUGAUGGAUUCACAUACGGUGAAUGUAAAGCAGAAAUUUCAGCAGCCAUGGAUUCUGAUUAUGGACAAUGGACUUGUUUUAUGGGAGUAGCUGACGGGAACGAGAUAUCCAUGACAGUAUUAGUCAUAGUAACAGAAACCUACCUAGUGGCCGAGCAGACGGAAAUAGCCGUCAGCCCUCGAAACGAUCCAGUUCUGUCUUGCCACAUCCUUCCGCGCACGCUGGACAGAACAGUUCAUUACUGCCGGUGGAUCCGCCCCGACGGAUAUGGAAUUUACAAUGACAUAAGCCAUCGAUAUACGACCAACAGCAGCUACUCCCAGUGCAGAUUAGUCAUCCUGGAUUCAUCGGUUUGCUACCAGAAGAUUCGUCCGGUCCAUCAAAGUUUCUUCCGUUCGUCCUCAAGCCGGAGUAUCCGCGAGACUCAAAAGAAUCUCAAUAUUGAUCCCGAUUCCCCGCUUAUAUCUGACAGCCUCAACGAAUCAAAGUCCGUCCUGUAAUUGGAAACGGCAGCGGCUCGUUCGACUGGAAGAUUCACGACUGAAUUGCCGUAGGAACACAAUUUAUGAUGGCGCGCGCGGAAGGCGGAAAGAAAAGGGGCGGCUAUCUUGCCGCCGCGCCGGUGUAACUUUGAUAUUCCGUUCUUGAGCGAGGGAAGAUAUGCUAACGAUCUGUAAAGAGCCACGGCGCGCAAGCUGAACGGAGAUUCAGGCUUCGUCAAGGCUGGAUAAAUCGUGAGUGAGAUUAAUCGCCGCGUUGUUGCGGUCGCGCAAUCAAUAUACAACUUCCGAUCUGUGCACCAAACUGCAGUUUGCAAAA